AUGCGGCUGCCCCUGCUCCUCCUUGUUGGGUUCCUGGAAUUUCACUACACAGGCCCAUUCCUGGUGCGUCUGGCUGGGGGCCCCAGUGAGUGCGUGGGGCGCGUGGAGAUCAACUACAAGGGCCGCUGGGGCUCGGUGUGUGACGACGAGUGGGACCUGGCCGACGCAGCCGUGGUGUGCAGGCAGUUGGGCUGCGGCACCGCGCUCUCUGCCCCGGUGGGCGCCUGGUUUGGGGAGGGCACUGGCCCCAUCUGGCUCAAUGAGGUCCGGUGCCAGGGCUCAGAGCAACAUCUGCGCCACUGCCGCCACCGGGGCUGGCGCCAGCAUGUCUGCAGCCAUGAGGAGGACGCCAGUGCCGUGUGCUCAGCUCACCGCUUCCUGCCCGUCAUCACCACCGAGCCCUCGGUGCAGCCGGCCCUUGGGGACCACAAACCCCCAGCACAGAGCACAGCCAGGCCGGCUUCCACCACGCCAGAGUACAGCGGUGCCCCCCUGCGGCUCGUGGGGGGCCCCCACAGCUGCGCAGGGCGUCUGGAGGUGCUUCACGGGAGCCAGUGGGGCUCGGUGUGUGAUGACGGCUGGGGGCUGCUGGAGGGCGCCGUGGUAUGCCGGGAGCUGGGCUGUGGCGCAGUUCAGGCUGCCCCCAGGGGGGCGCAUUUUGGGACUGGCACUGGCCCCAUCUGGCUGGAUGACGUGGGCUGCAGUGGGAAGGAGAUGUCGCUGAGGCAGUGCCGGGCACGGCCCUGGGGGCGCACCAACUGCCAGCACGACGAGGACGCCAGCGUCAUCUGCACAGGGGGUGCUGUGCUGCGGCUAGUGGGUGGCGCAGGUUCCUGCUCCGGGCGGCUGGAGGUUUUCCACCAGGGCCGCUGGGGCACAGUGUGCGAUGACAUGUGGGCGCUGCCAGGCGCAGCUGUGGUGUGCCGGGAGCUCGGCUGUGGGGACCCACUCUCUGCUCCCAGGGGGGCCUUUUUUGGUGAGGGCAGCGGUCCCAUCUGGCUGGACAACGUGCGGUGCCAGGGCAAUGAGUCGGCGCUGAGCCGGUGUCUGGCUGCACCAUGGGGCGUGCAUGACUGCCAGCAUGCGGAGGACGCUGGUGUGGUGUGUACAGACGAGUUGGCCCCUGUGAGGCAGCGCUUUGCCAAGCCCAUGGCCCCACAGCCACGAAUGCAGAAGCCACGGACGCAGAAGCCACGGACGCAGAAGCCCCGACCCCGGCUCCCUUCGGUGGCACAGGAGGAGACACAGGCACCAGCCCAGGUAUCCCCACAGGCAGUACUACCAGGGAAGUGGAAGCCGUUGUCGUUGCUGGAGGGCACCAGCCCCCGGGAGGCCGCCCAGCCAGAGGGGACCACGCGGAGCCCCCCGCCCUCAGGAGAGCCAGAGCUGCCCACUGCUGGACCCGUAGCCCAGGCUGUGACAGAUGCUGCCAUGCGGGUGAGCGGCCCCAGGGAUGGGCCUCGUCCUGAACGGCACGGAGCCCCAGGGACGCAGCGCCCCGUCCCGAAGAACCGGCGGCCCCGCCCCAAACCAUUGGGGACACGCACAGACGCCGUCCGGCACCGAACUCCUGCUGCCACCCCCACCCUCAGGGCCCGCGCUGGGGCCCGGACUGACCCCCACGUGCCUCGUCCCCCACUCUGGCCUGGGGACAGCACCCUGACGACUGUGGCCUCUGCAACCCACCCUCCCAGCCAGCCCCACAGCGCCUGGACCACCAGCCCCACAGCACCUGGACCAGCCUAG